UCUUGCUGUGGUGGUAGUGAUGCAGGUAUGACACAGCCCUGUUCUCCCUCCGCUGGGAUCUCCUCUGGUGCAUCAUUAACAUGCACUGGCUGGCUGGACUGCAUCAUUGUUAUAGGAGACUCCUGUGCAGUGCAGCCCUCUUUCUUAGAACUCCAGCACAGAACUGAGCGCAGAGCUGCAGCAGAAGCAAAUAACUUCACAUUACAGGGCAUGACCUUCAUCAACACAAUGGAUCAGAAAAAAGAACAACCUACCAAGUCUUCCUAGCUCCUGGUUGUACAAAGUUGCUGAUCCCUCACAUAUCUCCAGUCAACAGUCCCAACUACACCUUCCCUCCUACUGAAAGAAGCAAGUCAACAAAGUCUAGCUCAAACUUGAAACGUUACUAAAAGCCCUGUAAAAAACUCUCCCUGAAAGUUUACAGUCAUUCUCUUUGUGAGCUCAGUGCACUGUGCAUCAGAUUCCAGAUCAGAGGGAAGUUAUGUUUGUGUAGCUAGUAGCAGAGAGUGCACAAACACGCGUAUAUAUUCGAGAUUAUACACACCGCACUAUACUGUGUGUAGAAGUAUAUGCUCAGAAUGGAUGAUCGGUAUAGAAACAACGCAAAUCUGUAUCAAGGGGCUAAGGACAUCGCUAGAGAGGUGAACCAGGUGUCAGAUGACUACCGGUAUCAGGAUGGUAACUAUGAAAGGUAUGCACCUUCGGAUGGCUAUCACCAUGAUGGAAAUGGGCCAACCCAAGAAGAGGAUGCCCAGAGCGAUGCCACGGAAGGCCAUGAUGAGGAUGAUGAGGUCUAUGAAGGAGAAUACCAGGGCAUCCCUCAUCCAGAUGAUAUUAAGGGCAAACAGAAGAAGAAAGCCCCUGCCAUGGCCGAUGAGUUUAGAGACAAGGCUGAGCUCAUAGCCGAGCGGAUGGAGGAUGAGGAGCAGCUUGCCCACCAGUAUGAGAACAUCAUCGAGGAGUGUGGCCACGGGCGCUUCCAGUGGACACUCUUCUUUGUUUUAGGCUUGGCACUAAUGGCAGACGGGGUGGAGGUGUUUGUGGUUGGCUUUGUUCUGCCCAGUGCUGAGAAGGAUAUGUGCUUGUCCAGCUCAAACAAAGGGAUGCUAGGGCUCAUAGUCUACCUGGGAAUGAUGGUGGGAACUGUCAUUUGGGGUGGCCUGGCAGAUAAACUGGGAAGGAGGAAAUGCCUCAUCACAUCACUCACAAUCAACGCUGCCUUUGCAUUCCUCUCCUCCUUCGUCCAGGGAUAUGGAUUCCUCUUCUGCCGCCUUAUUUCCGGCUUCGGCAUUGGGGGAUCCCUCCCCAUCGUCUUUGCUUAUUUCUCUGAAUUCCUUUCUCGUGAGAAGAGGGGGGAACACCUGAGCUGGCUCUGCAUGUUCUGGAUGAUUGGUGGCAUUUAUGCCUCUGCAAUGGCUUGGAGCAUCAUUCCACACUACGGCUGGGGUUUCAGCAUGGGAACCAAGUACCAAUUCCACAGCUGGAGGGUAUUUGUAAUCGUCUGUGCUCUGCCCUGUAUCUCUUCACUGGUGGCACUUAAAUUCAUGCCGGAAAGUCCACGUUUUUUGCUAGAGAUAGGUAAACAUGAUGAAGCCUGGAUGAUUCUCAAGCAAGUUCAUGAUACCAACAUGCGGGCUAAGGGGGAGCCGGAGAGAGUGUUCACAGUGAGCCACAUCAAAACUCCAAAGCAAAUAGAUGAGUUUAUUGAAAUCCAGAGCUCAACAGGGACAUGGUACCAGCGCUGGUUGGUCAGAUUCACGACCACAUUCAAACAGGUCUGGGACAACCUGUUGUAUUGCUUGACAGCCCAGUACAGGAUGAAUACACUGAUUCUGGCUGUGGUUUGGUUUUCAAUGGCCUUUAGUUACUAUGGGCUUACUGUCUGGUUCCCUGACAUGAUCCGAUAUCUCCAGAAUGAGGAGUAUGAAUCCCGACUGAAAAUCUUCGAGCGGGAACGUAUAGAUCACUUCACCUUCAACUUCACAGUGGAAAACCAGAUCCAUAGGAAUGGGGCAUUUGUCAAUGAUAAGUAAGUGAAUAUGAAAUUCAAAUAUGUGACGUUUGGCGUGCUGUUUGAGGAAUGCUAUUUUGAAGAUGUGACAGCCAUCGAGACCUUCUUCAAAAACUGCACCAUUAUAUCCACUGUCUUCUAUAACACGGAUCUUUAGGAAACACAAUUCAUCGAGUGCAGGUUUAUAAACUGCAUCCUGGACCAGAAGGAGGGAUGUCACCUGGACUUCGAGCAGGAAACACUUCUAAUUUAUCUCGUCAGUUUCCUGGGUAGUUUGUCCGUGUUGCCUGGCAACAUCAUCUCAGCACUGCUCAUGGACAAAAUAGGAAGGAUAAAGAUGAUUGGUGGCUCGAUGCUGAUUUCUGCAGUGUGCUGCUUCUUUCUGUUCUUUGGCAAUAGUGAGUCUGCGAUGAUUGGCUUGCAGUGUCUGUUCUGUGGGACCAGCAUUGCUGCCUGGAAUGCCCUGGACGUGAUCACCGUGGAGCUCUAUCCCACCAGUAAAAGAUCAACAGCCUUUGGCAUCCUCAAUGGUCUCUGCAAGAUUGGUGCCAUCCUGGGGAACUCUAUCUUUGCCUCCUUUGUUGGGAUAACCAAAGUGGUUCCCAUUCUUCUGGCCUCCUCUGCGCUGGUUGCGGGAGGGCUGCUAGCCCUGAGGCUACCCGAGACUCGAGAACAGGUUCUGAUGUGAGAAAUUGGGCAGCAGGGAAA